AUGGCGAAGGAUAAAAAGGGGAAAAGCGAGUCCAAAAAGGCCAAGCUGGCCGAAAAAAAGCAGAAGCAAGAGAAGAAGGCCGAAAAGAAGGCCAAGGUGAAAUCCGCAAGGAUCGAGGGCAGCGACGCCGAGGAUGUCGAUCUCGACGCAGUCCUCGAGGAGUACAAGAAGCAGCAGGAGCAGUUUCUCAAGGUCACGGAAAAUGUUGUCGACGAACCUCCGCGCGCCCGCGCCGCUUCUACUUUGAUGGCCAGCCCCUCCAACAGCAACCAGCUCCUCCUCUUCGGCGGCGAGUACUUCAACGGCGCCCUGGCUACCUUCUUCAACGACCUGAUGGUCUACUACAUUGACCGUGACGAAUGGCGCUGCGUCACUUCGCCCAAUGCUCCGCUCCCGCGGUCCGGCCACGCCUGGACCCGCGGUGGAAACGACAGCACCGGCGUCUACCUCUUCGGCGGCGAGUUCUCGUCCCCCAAGCAGGGGACGUUCUACCACUACAACGACUUUUGGCGCCUCGACCCGUCCACCCGUGAGUGGGCGCGCAUCGAAACCAAGGGAAAGACGCCGCCGGCUCGGUCGGGUCACAGAAUGACUUACUACAAGAACUACAUUAUUUUGUUUGGUGGCUUCCAGGACACGGCACAUCAGACAAAGUACCUCCAGGACCUGUGGCUGUACGACACGCAAAACUUUGUCUGGCACUCCAUCACCCCGCCGCCGGCGCAGCUGAAGCCCGACGCCCGGUCGAGCUUCACGUUCCUGCCGCAUGACCAGGGCGCCGUGCUCUACGGUGGGUACUCGCGUGUGAAGGCGACGGUGGCGGCCGGUAAGCAGACGAAGCAAGGAGGAGGUGCUGGCGGCUCCAAGAACAUUUUGAAGCCCAUGAUCCACCAGGACUGCUUUUUCUUGAGAAUCACGCAGCCGCCCGCUGAUGCGCCGCCCAACACGGCCCCCACGGUCAGGUGGGAAAAGCGCAAGAAGCCGGCCAACACGCCGAACCCCACACGGGCGGGCGCCACCAUGGCGUACCACAAGGGCCGCGGUAUCAUGUUUGGUGGCGUGCAUGAUGUGGAGGAGAGCGAGGAGGGCAUGGAGAGCGAGUUUUUCAACCAGCUGUUUGCGUGGAACAUUGAGCGCAACCGAUUCUUCCCUAUGGCAUUGAAGAAGGCUAGGGCGCCGGGGAAAAAGAAUGGUGCUGGAAAUGGUGAGGGGAGAGAGAGGGUGGGAAGGAGGGACAGAGCGAGGCAGAACGAGGAAGAGUUGCUUAGACAGCUUGCGGCGCUGCAGGCGGGCGCGAAGGGCGUGGAUGGUGCGGAUGAGAUGGAAAUCGAUGCCCUCUUGAAGAAGCAGAGGGGCGAAGAAGAGGAGGAGGAGAAGGAUGAGAAGAGGAAGGUCAGGGAUAUGCCGGUGUCGAUGGAGAUGCCGCAUCCGAGAUUCAAUGCGCAGCUGGCGGUGCAGGAUGAUGUGCUGUAUAUUUACGGCGGCACGUUUGAAAAGGGCGAUCGCGAGUUCACGCUGGAUGAUAUGUAUGCGAUCGAUCUGGGCAAGAUGGAUGGCUGCAAGGAGAUCUUCAAGAGGGAGGGCGAUGAUUGGAUUGAAUCCGAGGACGAAGAUGACGAUGAGGAAGACGACGAGGAUGAGGACUCGGAUGAAGAGGCGGAUGAUGAGGAGGAUGCUAUGGAGGUCGAUGAUAAGAAGGCCAAGUACACUCCCAGCGACAGGAAGAAGAAGAAGGCCAAGGCAGGCGAAGAGGCCCCCGUCGCUGAGACUGCCCCUAUCGCUGCGGCUCCUGAAGAAGAGGAGGAGAGCGAGGAGACUAGGGUUGAUGACGGCCUGCCACAUCCUAGACCUUUCGAAUCCCGCCGCGAUUUCUUCCAGCGUACCUCGGCCGAGUGGCAGGAGAUUCUCAUGACCAACCUCCGCUGGAAGGGUAUCCAGCCCGAGUCGCUUGCCGUUAAAGAGAUUAAGACCAAGGCGUUCGAGCUUAGUGAGGAGAAGUGGUGGGAUUGCAGAGAGGAGAUCACCGCGCUCGAGGACGAGCAGGAAGCUGCGGGCAUUGGUGAGGUUGUUUCCCUUGCGGACAAGGCGGGCGCUGGUGGCGGUGGUGGUAGCGGUGGUGCUGGGCGUAGGAGGUAAAAUUACCUAACGUUGAAGAAGAAGAAGACGGAAAAGGGGGUUGGGUUUGCAGUGGAGAUAUAUGCGAUAUACCCUGCCUUUACGACUGCUGUUUAUCUACCAUGUAGUAACAGUUUAGACACAAAGGAAAGCAAGACAAAAUCAAAACUGGCGUUGGGCGAUGGAUCUC